GCCAGGGCCAGGCCAUCAUUUCAAGUUUCAACGCUAUCCUCCCACGCUUUCCACAUUUCUUCCUCGCGGAGUUUGAUGGCUGAGAAGCAGAAACUGUGCGUGACUGGGGCAGGAGGAUACGUCGCAUCCUGGCUCGUCAAGCUUCUCCUUUCUAAGGGCCACACUGUUCAUGGCACCGUACGAAACCCUGGAGAUGCAAAGUAUGGUCAUUUGCAUAAUCUUGACAAAGCACCCCACAAUUUGAAGCUGUUCAAAGCCGAUUUGCUAGACUACGCCUCGCUCACUGCGGCUAUCACAGGAUGCACCGGAGUAUUCCAUGUUGCCUGCCCGGUUCCUUCAUCUUCUGUACCCAAUCCCCAGAAGGAGCUGGUUGAGCCUGCUCUGAAUGGUACGCUUAAUGUACUCAAGGCUUGUUCUGAAUCAAAUGUGAAGCGCGUAGUGAUUGUAUCCUCAGUAGCUGCUGUUUGCGUAAUCCCUAACUGGCCCAAGGAUAAAGUAAAGGAUGAGACUUGUUGGUCGGACCAGGAAUAUUGCAUCAAAACAAAUAACUGGUAUUGUUACUCCAAAACAGUAGCAGAAAAAGAAGCCUUUGACUAUGCCAAAAAAAGUGGGCUCCAGGUUAUCACCAUUUGUCCUUCACUAGUUUUGGGCCCUCUCUUACAGCAGACGGUUAAUGCUAGUAGCUUAGUCCUGGUUAAGCUUUUGAAAGAAGGAUAUGAAACACUUGAAAACAAGGGACGGCUGCUGGUAGAUGUACGUGAUGUGGCUGAAUCGCUGCUGCUAGUCUAUGAGAGACCCGAGGCCGAAGGUAGAUACAUCUGCAUGGCUCAUGAAAUAAAGAGUCAGGAUUUGGUGGAAAUGCUGAAGAAAAUGUACCCCAACUAUAGUUAUCCGAAAAGCUUUACUGCAUGGGAAGGAGACGACGAGAAACUGAGCUCAGAAAGGUUGCAAAGAUUGGGCUGGACUUAUCGGCCACUGGAAGAAACUCUGAAAGAUUCCAUAGAAAGUUACAGACAAGCUGGGAUCUUGGAUUAGCAUCUUCUUCCUUUACCAAUUUGUGAGUGUGUUGUGGGAUCUGAUUUGCAUUCACUAUCAGAUUCUUGAAAUGAAAUAAUUGUGUCACUGAGCCCCACAGGAUUUGGGUGCUGACUGCUGAGCAGGAAAACAAGAAAUAAUAUUUGCUUUGUUGUUUUAGUAGGCUGGAAACUUAACAUCAUUUC